AUGAUUGCACAGCCCCCACGCAAGGUACGUGUUACCCCCAUCGUUCUUCGCGAUGCUUCGAGAUGGCGAGGCGUAAAUCACAAGUUUAUUUCUUUGGGCAUCAAAUUCGAACUCGCGGUUGUCGUCGAUGCAGGAAUCAGGAUAAUUCCCAAGUCCGAGGAUAAUUACCACAGGAUUAUUCGUCUCUUCAGGGAGGAAGAGGUGCCCCAUCACACUUUCCCUCUACCCUCGGAGAGGAACAUUCAUGCUGUAAUCAGAGGAGUUCAUGCGACACUUUAG